ACGAGACACAUUUGACAUGCGACGAUUGAGGAAAAUUUACAAGUCCUAACAACUGAUAGUGACCUGCUGGUGUUUUAAUUUUUAAUAUUUGCAUCGUGAAGACAGAGAUCUGAUGAGUUUUCACCGCUAACUACCUGGGAUUUUAUUGGAAACAUUUAUCAUCUUUGAGUUGGCAUGCCCUAUUGGUGUGAUUCAACUCAUAUGUCAUAAUAUUUAUCAUCUGUGCUAAAGAUCAAAGGGAUUCGGUUCGAUAUCAUCGACUGGUACCACAAUAUUUCAUCUCAUUAAAUGGUGAAGCGGCAAUCUCUUUUAUAUCAGCCCAUGUACGGAAAUGCGCCUUAAACUUACUACUUUCUUCCAGUGAUAAUGGCAGGAGCAGACAUGAAUAUUAACUCAAGCGAGGUACACAUUCAAUAUCGUCCCAUCGAAGCGGCGUUUCAGGCGACAUCGCUGAUUUCAAUCAUGGUGGUAGCUAUUGUCGCCAAUACAAUGAAUAUUAUAGUAGUAUACAGAAAUUCGAACAUGCAGACGCCUCGAUAUAUGUUUAUUAUGAAUCUUGCUUGUGCCGAUUUGGGAGUAACUUUGUUAGCGAUGCCGUUUUCGCUCAUCACAUGCAUUUCGCGUGAAUGGAUCAUGAGGGAAUCGCUCUGCAAACUCCACGGAUUUUUAGGGUCUUUCUUCUUUUGUGUUUCAAUCUUUACGCUCACAAUUAUGAGCAUCGAACAAUAUUAUGCGCUGGUGAAACCGCUCGCACGUGCAAUCACGAUUCGCCGAGCAAGGUACAUGAUCGGAUUAGUCUGGAUUGCGUCGACAUUAGUUUCAAUGGGACCCGUGCUGGGAUGGGGACAUUUUGCUUACAAUUCAAGCACUCUCUCGUGUGGAGUUGCCUAUCCAAGGACGACAUUGGAGAGGCUCUACUUAUUAUUUCUCGUGCUAGUCGCAUAUGUUAUUACACUCCUAAUUAUGACGAUUGCUUACAUAAGGAUUUUUUUCGCAGUUCGCAAGCACACGAACAGAAUUGCUAAAUAUACAAGCGGUGGGCUUGAGGUAAUGAGACUUCAGCGAAGAAUCAUCUAUACGCUUCUAUUAGUUCUGAUGGUUUUUAUACUCUGCUGGUUGCCAUUUGUGUUCCUGAUUGUGUUAGCAACUCGAAACGUAGGCGUUUCCAAAUUGCCUUACGGGCUCGGCGUUGCGGCAUAUUGGUGCGGAUUUUGCAAUUCUUCGAUCAACCCCAUAAUCUUUGUCAUCAGAAACGAUCGCUUCCGGGAGGGAUAUCGCGAUAUUCUCAAUGAAGUUUGGUACGGCUUACGUUGUAAACGACCUCCAAAAUUAGGAAGGCUGCAAUUUAAAAAGACAUGGUAUUUGACCAAGCGAACGAGUACAGAAGAGCAAAAACAGCAUGUUGUGCUCCGGGCAAUUCCUUCGCUGACUGCCAUCCCGGAUGUAGAAUUAAUGUCUGAUCACGACAAUGAUGAAAAUAGAGAAUCAUUUUCGCUGUGAAAACAAUAACAAGUAAUAAAAAAAAUUGGUAAUAUUAUACAGCGGUGAAUUUCCGCCAAAAAUAUUAAUUUACAAGGUGUGAAUUUAUG